UCGAAACUCGGCAUGAAAUACCCGAUGGCAGCCGGCUCCCCUUGUGCGAGAAGGCCGGUAGUAAUAAGCGCACCAAUGCACUCACACUGACGAAUACUCAUCCCCGCAAUACAAACCGUUCACACUACAGUACACAGGCAGAGACAGCGUAA